GACGACGUAAAACACGAACUCGGAGAUCUGCACGCUUUUCGUCUAAAUAGUAAAUACCUGUGUUGUAAACAAAAGGCGACAGCUUUAGAGUCGGGAGGGACGAACAAAGCGGUGGUAUGCGGUGAUCUAUUGUGAUUGGUGUGUAUUGAUAGAGGUUGUGUACAGACAACAACCCGGCUGACAGGCUAUAUACGGACACAUAAUUUGUUUUAUCUCCACUGGCCUAAUCGGCCGUCAGUUCAAUGUUUCGUGCAUCCUUGUAUACAGCGCUCGUUGGAUAGAGCCGACAGAUGCCGUCGCUCUUCAAGCAGACGAGUCAGACGGCGGAACCGUUCGGAUUAUUAUGUUUUAUUAUGUCAAACGGAGUCCCUCUAUGCUCAAUAUAGAUGUACCUUAUUUUUGUCUCCUUCCUUACGAUGCUAUGCGGUAAAAGUCAACAGCAAUAUGUUUUCAUCACUGUGUAUAUUGGAAUGCAUCAACUUCGUGGUUUUUAUUGAUCCAAACACAACCGAUAACGUAACAUAAUAGGUUUUAUACCUUAUGUGUGAAUUGUGUGUAUAUAGAUAGUAACUGAUCCACCAGCUGGGUGUAAACAAGCUACAUAGACAUAUACACGUUCAUCAUCUGUUAGUUACGGAGAACAACUUCUCAAUGUGAGUUUAAAAUGACAUAACAACAAUAUGGAAGAAAAGAAGAUUCCGAGUGACGUCAGUGAAACUGACCGUGUACCAAAGUAUGAACCGAACGCUGAUUUAUUUGGAAUUCAACUAGAGGUAACUUUAAAACUGCUGGAAGCAGAGAAGCGGAAACUUGAAGUUUGGCAGAGAGAACUUAGCAGCACACUCAGCCAUGACAACUACAACAUGGGCAUACGAAGGAAGAAAGCUGUUCAACAGCUGGAGAUGAAUGUGAGCCGAAUCCAGCAGCAGUACAGUCAGUUAGAACAGGAAUAUAAAACAGCAGCCAUGGGAGCCAUGAAACGCAAGUCUAACAAGAAGAGGUCCUCCCGAAGUCAACCGGCCAUUGGGCUGAAGCAAACGCCUAAGACUCGGCCAACAAUAUUUGGAACCAUUGCGAAAGAGAAAACGGCCCAGGAAGAUUCCAGGGUGAAGAGUGUUGGGCCACAGAUGAUCAGUCUGUCACAGAUGUUUGACCACCACCUGGCUGGCUACAGUGCUAAAGUAGAUAGUCACUUCUCUGAGAACGAGGCUUUGAUAUUCCAAGACGGCAAUCUGAUGGCAGGGUCAAUCGACGCACUUAUCCAGCAUUUGGUGCCCACCACAAGUUAUCAUCCUGAUAGAACCUAUGUUUUUGCAUUCCUAUUGAGUUCCCGCCUGUACAUACGUCCACACAGCCUGCUAGGCGAAGUCUGUCAGGUAUGCAGUCUUCAACAAAACCUCACUGAGGCAAACGCAAACAGAGAACACUUAGGAAAGUUUGGUCCCAACAUUGUCCAGUUAUUAAGUGAGUGGGCCGAGAUGUUCCCUUACGACUUCAGAGAUGACAGAAUGAUGAACCAGCUGAAAGAAAUCACACAACGAAUCGUUACCAUUUACCCUGAGUUACGCGGUGAUGUGACAAACAUCAAACACAACCUAGUUAACAGGUUGGCAGGCUUACAGAAGUACGAAGAGGAACUGUCCAAAUGGAGCGAUCAGGCUCUGGAAAAAUCCAAAUCUCAGGAGGUGCCCACGACGGACAUCACAGAGGUGUGCGGUAAUCCCUUAGAAUUUGCUCAACAGCUUACACACAUAGAAUUAGAGAGGUUACGAAAUAUUGGACCAGAAGAAUUUGUUCAAGCAUUUUCCAAGGAAUCUCAUAGCUCCGAGACGACUAUCAGAGAUGUGAAGAAAACGUCCAACCUAGAAGCCUACGUCCAAUGGUUUAACAGACUUAGCUACUUUGUAGCUACAGAGAUUUGCUCACAUUUAAAAAAGAAAAACAGAGUAAAGAUGAUAGAAUAUUUCACAGACGUUGCCAAAGAAUGCAUCAACAUUGGCAACUUCAACUCAUUGAUGGCAAUUAUUGCUGGUAUGAACUUGAGUCCUGUCGCACGACUAAAGAAAACGUGGGCCAAGGUCAACACGACAAAGUUUGAAAUCUUAGAGCACCAGAUGGACCCGUCUAACAACUUUGGUAGUUACAGAUCGUGUUUGAAGGCUGCCAUGUGGCGGUCAGAUAGUGCGGCUACUGACAGGGAAAAGAUUGUCAUUCCUUUCUUCAGUCUGUUUGUCAAAGACAUAUAUUUCCUCAACGAGGGGUGCAAUAGCAAGUUAGCUAAUGGCACCAUCAACUUUGAGAAGUUCUGGCAGUUGGCAAAGCAUAUCUCCGACUUCAUCAGCUGGCAGCAGGUGGAGUGUCCAUUCCAGAAGUCUGGUGACGUCCUCAGCUACAUUCUCACCACCACAGUGUUUUCAGAAUCAACUAUGUCCUUGGCAUCUUACGAGUGUGAAGUUCCAGAAACCAAGUUUGACAAGGAACGCCACAAAAAGUUAAAAGCACAGGUUGGCUUAUGACUAGUACAGCUCCCUGCUCUACACAGAAAAUCUAAGCGCAGGAAAUAAACAAUGGACAGUUGUGACAAAGUGACAGGACACAAAAAUUAUACACAUCAGUCUUUCGACUCGCAGGAGAGUGUACGUACUACAAUCCAGAGUUGUGUUCAGAAAACUCAUUAAUUAUAUGAAGGAAUAAACUGUCUCUGUGAGACAAGCAUCUUGCUGGUCAAGAUAUGAAUGGACAUUCCAGAGUGAGGCUUCAAAUGUGUUGUGCAUCGUCAUCCAGACUUGGUCAUGUGUCUCAGAGAGAGUUCCAGGAAACAACCAAAAGUGCUUCUUAUUAUGUAUUGACAUCCUGGAACAAACUGAUAUAUCUGGUCACCGAUCCUGAUGGAUGGACUCGUCGGUGAACGAUGAUGGGUGAAUGUGAAUUGUUACAUUUGUAUGAAUGGUGGGCACACAGUGAGAUAGAUAAAUAUCAUAAUGCAGAGUAAGUUUUAUAUUUCAUUAUUUAUACUAAAGAAGUUUGCAGUGACACCUGACUUUACCAACAUCAAGGAAGACUAUAAGAAAUUUGAUCAGAUAUAAUAGUGAAGUAAAUUCAGGUUUAAAGUUAGUAAAACCAAUCUUUUCAGCCUGUAAAGUCUUGUUGGGGUAUAGAAUAUCAUUAAGUCUGGUGUUUGUAAAUAAAGGUUUCACCGUAAUUCAUUACAGUACUUGAUACUACUUGUAAAAAUUAAAUUAAUUUGACUGUGCAGCCCAUUGGAUGAACAUCAUAUACUGGUCACCUUUAAGAAAACACGGCCAAGCUAUGUGAUUUGACAAUGUUUAAUAAAAAUCAAGAUAUAAUCUGAUCAUAGGUUCAUAAUUUAUUAUUCUAAUUUAAGAAAAAUGACAUCAAAGCUUUUGGUUUAGUAUUAAAAUGAUAUAUUGCCACUAGGCUUACAUUUUGUAAUAGAAUCAUUUUAACAUUGUAAUGAAUUAAAUAAUGGGUUUUUAUAUUCAAAAAUUAUUAAAUUUCAUGUGGCAUUACCUUAAAAAGUCUCCAUGUUGAAAAGUUAUAUAACAUGAAAAUAGUCAGAUAUGUAACAGAUGUAAAUGUAAUUUAUAUAAAGCAGGAAAAUGAAGCUGUCAUGCUUAUCAUAGAUGAAACAUUUCAAUACUCAGUCAUAUUGUGAGAAGUACAGAACAUGUAUGGUGCUGACAAGAUUAUAUCUCAUGCAUUUAUCAUCCCGAUCUCUCAUUUUUACCUUUCCUGUUGUCAAUUGUUGUCGGGGUGUUUGUUACUCUUCUUGUCGUUUUGUGUGGUUGUCUCCCCUUGUGUACUUCUCUAACAACAUCAGAUCUAAACUGAAAUCUGUGCAGUAUGAAAAGUGUUAAUAUCUGGUAUUGUUUAUUUAAAAACAAACUUAUAUAAAAUAUACUUUAUAGUAUAAUGCAAAUAGUUAAAUGUACAAUACCUAGGUUAGAAAAAAGCAUUAGUUAAAUUUAAUUUAUACAAAUAUAUUUAUUUUUAAAUUAAAUGAAUUAUAGUUUAUUUUUGUGUGCUUUUUUAGUUAAUGUAUCAAUUUUAGGACAGAUUAUGACACAAAUGUAAUUUUCUAAAUUUUAUUAGAUCUGCAAAAAUAUACUGGCUGGUAUCUGAUUGAUGUUGUAGAGAAUUAAAUUUUGUAAUUUUCUCCAGUUUGACGAAAGAGGUUUUUUCUCAUAACUAUGUAUUGUUUUGGCUUUUGUAGAAAUCAUCUUAACUUCCCUGAACACUUACAUUGGAAUGUCCCAUUGGUGUGGACUAGUCUAAGUUGUAAGGUCUUCAGGGAUGAUAAAAUGUAACACAGUCUGUAUCUAAGUUCCAUGUUGUCUGUAUGACCAGUUAUUUUUCUUCUUAUUGUCAAUUUAUUAAAGUUUUCAUCUAUUUAUAAUAUUGACUUUUGUUACAACAUUGAAGUUUUGAACCUCUUUGUGACACUUUUAAUCUGAGAAAACUAUAUCCUGUAUCAUAAUGAUGUGUACGAUCAGGGUAUGCCAAUCCAUCCGCGGAUAUAUCAAACGACAUGCUACAAUGUAGUCAAUUCAAGAUAGAGUUAUAUUUUAUGCAAUAUCAAUUCAUCACUGAAGUAAAUGAAAUUGUUAUUGAGUAAUUUCUUUUUUACAAAUAUUUAUUUAAAAAUGGCAAACAACAGUUAACCUUUUCACCCCUAUGUAACUUUAGUAGACUCUACCAUGCACUGAUCUGGAUGAGUCCAUUAUGGUCUACAGUGUUGAAAGGGUUAAGUCCUUCCAUGUGGAUGUAAUGUAAGUUAGAUGUUUCCUUUGUAUUAAUGACCUGUCCACAUUUGUUACUUGAUGUUAUUGUAUACCGGUAUAUACCAUUUACUCUGUCAAACUUACUUAUGUGUGCAAUAAACACAUAGAAAAUGAAAGUAGGAUGUUUGGUUUUAAGUCUUAGGGCAUAGCCGGCAUUUGAAAUUUGAAGUACUAGAUAUUUCACACAUUUUGUGACUUUGCACAGCGUAAAGCUAUUUAUGGCAUUAAAUCAUCAGAUUUUCAUCCAUACUCAUUUGAUAAAUAUUCUGUUAACUACAUAAUUAUCAUCAUAAGAUCUUCAUCUUUCAUGCUCAUCAAAACAGGACUUAUUGAAAUAAAUGAUGUCACUUAUUGUUAAAGUAUCAUUUAAUUUAAUAUUAAAUAUGUUUAAUGUUAUAUACUUAACAUGGAAAAUCGUGUCAAGUUCUUGUUACCCUUUGUUAAAACAACACUGUAAAAAUAUGAAUUUAUUGAUGUGUAGAUAUCAAGGUAUUCAUAAUUUUAGACAUGUUGAAUCUCUCAAUGAAUAAAAAAUGUGA